UCGCAAAAAUGGCCCCAAAAUCGAGCGUCCCCUCCAAGAACGACAUCGCCGUCCCCGAGACGCUUCUCAAGAAGCAGAAGUCCCAGCAGAAGGCAAACGAUGCCCGCGCUGCCGAGUUGAAGAAGAAGCGAGAGGCCAAUAAGCAAAAGCGCUCCGUCAUCUUCGAGCGUGCCAAAGGCUACACCGAGGAAUACCGCAAGGCAGAGCGCGACCUCAUCGAGGCCAAGCGCACAGCUAAGCGGGAUGGCUCUUUCCACGUCCCCGCUGAGCCCAAGUUGAUCUUCGCCAUCCGUAUCAAGGGUAUCAACAAGAUCGACCCUAAGAAGCGCAAGACUCUCCAGCUCCUCCGUCUUCUCCAGAUCAACAACGGUGUAUUCAUCAAGGCAACCAAGGCUACUCUUGAGAUGCUGAAGAUCGUUGAGCCAUACAUUGCUUACGGUUAUCCUUCCCACAAGAACGUUCGUGAGCUUCUCUACAAGCGCGGAUACGGAAAGGUCAACAAGCAGCGUAUUCCCAUCACCGACAACGAGGUCAUUGAGGGUGUUCUUGGACAGUUCGGAAUCAUCUCCAUUGAGGAUCUCAUCCAUGAGAUCUUCACCGUUGGCCCCAACUUCAAGCAGGCCUCCAACUUCCUCUGGCCCUUCAAGCUCUCCAACCCCACUGGCGGUUUCCACACCAGGAAGUUCAAGCACUUCAUCGAGGGUGGAGAUCUCGGCAACCGUGAGCAGCACAUCAGUGCUCUCAUCAAGCAGAUGAACUAGGCUAGGAAUUGAAUUUUUUGGUGGCG